AUGUGCAGGAUCGAUCGGGGAUCAAACCCGGUUCUACCGGGCGGCAUCGGCGGGGCCAUUAAGGAAAUUGCUUUAUGUGGAACCCGGGUAUUCGGACGUUGGGAAUCUAAAAAAAAAAGACGCGCACACACAAAAGAAGCAACCAAAGUCCUUCCGACAGUCGGGGCUCAGUACCAGUGCAACAUAAAACACGGGGAGUCUCCGCGGCAGAAAAACUGCCGAGUGAUUUAUCGUGAGAAGAGGGACAUCUUCGCGGGCCUUUAUCUCAUGGGUUGUACAGGCAAAUGGUGUGGGUCGCGGCGCGAGUGGUCGUCGCCGCCGGACGUCGCGCGACGGGUGUACCAGUCCGUGUUCCUGGGCAGCCCCGGGGAUGCAAGCAACGCGAGUAUCGGUUCCGGCGAGGGCACGGGAGAGGAGGAUGACGACACAAAUGGAAAGAAAAACCAGAAGAAACGCGGCAUCUUUCCCAAGGUGGCUACCAACAUCCUGCGGGCGUGGCUCUUUCAGCACUUAACGCGAGAAAUGGGACUCCAUGCGUUGACAGCGCUCCACCUGCGCAGCCACCGUUCGAAUUCAGAACGAUGCCUGAUUGGCCGACCACUACUGUUCCUAUUCGUCGUUGGCUGGAAACAAAUGAAUACAGUGUUCUACCACAAAGUUGAUCUGGUCUGGACCGCAGAUAAUGCGGGCGCCUCGAGCGGUGGCCGAUGCGGAGUUGAUUGCGCCAAUCCAAUAUCUACCAUUACUGAAACUUUUAAUGAGAACGGGGGAUUAAUCGACCCCCAAACCCUGCGCCGUAUCCUGUGUAACCUUAGACGGUCCACUCCGAGAUAUCUUAUCUUAACGACCCCCUCCCCUCCCUUACCACCCCUGUUCCCCUCGAGGGGGUCCGAUACACCGGCCAGAUAUGAAAUGGGUAAUUUUGGUCAACUCGGCCCGCUGGAGUAG